AAAACGACUAGAAAAAGUGGACAUAUUUUGUCAUGCACAACACAAUGCCUUUGUAAAACCUGUGGAGCAUAACAUCCAGACACAGCUCGAGCUUUCUUAUUGGCGGUUGACCCAAGUCAUAAUUAUGAGAAAGAAAUAAAAGUCAUAAUCAUGAGAUACGAAGUAACUCAUUUGGGGGUGGGGGGCUUGCUCACGAAUUCCCCCCAUGUGGCAAACAAUGCAGGUGCCAGAUGUCUGUGUCCUGUCCUCCUUCAUAAAGUGGCUCUUCUUGCCUGUCAAUCAAGCCCCACUCCCGCUUUCCGAUUGGUCCAGCUCCUCGUGGGUGGGCGGUGCCUUGAGUGCCACAUGGAGCCGGUUGAGUUGUCUCUCCUCGUCCUGGUUCUCUCUCCUUUUCACUCCUAUCCAGCCUCCAUCCAGCACUGGGCACACUCGCCACUCCUCAGCGUUGUAUGUCUCACAUUUGUAUAUGUAUGUUCAUUAAAAGACUUUUUAGUACUCAAAGAGAGAACAAUUAUGUUGAACAGAUUUUCUUUCAUGGAGCAGCUAUUGAAGGUCGAUUUAGGUGUUAAAUGAAGGAAGUUUGACUAUUUCUUCAUUUUUUGGGGGGUUAAAAUUUGGAGUUUAAAAGGACUACGGUGUUCUUGUUUUGUUUUUUGGAUGGAAAAAUGGGCGAAAAAGAACUCUCCCUGUACUUUCUCGUCCUCACCUUCCUCUUCGUCCACCUGCUGCCCACUUCCGCUCGUCGGUCUCACUACUCCGGACGAAUCACGGAGAACUCCCCGGCUGGGACGCCCGUGGACGGGGUGGCCGUGCCGUUGGUAACCGGUGUUUGCCCCGGUAGUGUGGCCCCGCUGAAGGGGAGCUACGCGUCCGACUUCCGUCUCGUUCGCCCCCACGGACGCCGGCGGCACCUGGUCCUGGUGUCAGCCAAACGUCUGGACCGGGAGUUCAUUGCCAUGUACGAGCUGACCGUGGAGCGGUGCGCGGGGGGUCCGGUGCUAAUCCAGGUGGAGGUGACGGACGUCAACGACAACGCGCCGCGCUUCACCGCCGGUAACCGAACCCUGGAGGUGGACGAGUUCACCCCGCUCGGUACCGAGUUGGCCCGGUUUGACGCCAAGGACGGAGACGCGGAUGUGAACGGACGCGUGACUUUUUACGUACAAGUUUUACCCGAGUCCAGCUUGCUCCGCGUGGACGCCGAAACCGGACAGGUGACGCUGGCGGGCUCCCUCCGGGGGCUGAGCCGAGUCACAGCCAGGCUUUACGUCAAGGACGGCGGGGACCAGCCUCUGGUCGGCGGGCCGGUCUUCCUGGAGGUCCUGGUGCGCCGGUCGUCCAAGCGGAGGUCGCGCGCCCUGGCCGAGGAGGUAGCCUACGCCGUGAGCGUCCCGGAUCAAGCCGGCGUCGGGGACCUGGUGUUCACGAUGCCCGACCGGAGGUUCGAGCGGCGAUGGUUCGAGGUGAGCUCCGACGCCGACUCGCCGGUGCAGAUCGAGAGGGACUCGGGGAGAGUGUUCCUUGCGCGCAGCCUGCAGGAGCCCGUGGAGGUGAUGGUCAAGAUCCACAAACACAAAGGUGACGAGUGGUACCUGUGCCGGUUGACUCUGAGCUCUCUCAGUCAGGCCCACCUGCAGUGGACCAUGUUCCCGGCCCCCUUCCUGGCGGCUGUGGGUCCUGACGCUGCCCCCGGGACCGUGGUCUACCGCCUGUCGUCACGGCAACGCGACGGCACCCUUGGACAACCUCAAUUCCUCCUAUUAGAUGGCGACGAGGACUGCUUCGAGGUGGACCGGCGCUCGGGCGACAUCAGGACCACGAGGCACCCUCUGGCCCCCAGCCACGAGUACAACCUGCGGGUUCAAGCCAUGGACGCCGACGGCCGCAAAGGUCCGCCGGCCACCGUGUCGGUUCUUGCCGGCUACCGCCCGCCGCAGUUCACUAAUUCCACCUACCAGCUCAGCAUGGCUGAGAACAUGGCCGUGGGACAGCCUGUGGGUGCGGUCCAGGCCGUGUCCUUCCAGAGGAAGACGCUGGCCUACGUGCUGCAGUCGAACCCCGGCAAUCUGUUCAGCAUCAACCAGGAGAGCGGCGCCCUCAGCCUCACCCGUGCCGUAGACUACGAGAGCGGGCACAACGUGCACACGCUGCAGGUCCGAGCGUCCGAGCCCGACACUGGCCUCAGCGGCGUGAGCGAGGUUGUUGUCUGCAUAACAGAUGAAAAUGACUGCACCCCGGAGUUCCUGCACUCCAUCUACACCCGGGACAACGUUCCUGAGAAUGUCACACCUGGAACGUCGCUGCUGCAAGUUCUGGCCCGGGACUGUGACUCUGGCAUCAACUCUGAGCUCUCCUACUCGGUCCAUGGCAGCGACUUUGACAUCACGUCAGCAGGUGUGGUCAGCGCCGCCCGCCGCCUGGACUAUGAGCGACCCAAUCACAUCUACGAGUUCCUGGUGGUUGCCAUGGAUGCAGGGACACCGCCCCGUACUGGCACCGCCUCCAUACGCAUCCGGGUGGCCAACACCAAUGACGAGACGCCCGUCUUCUCACAGAGCGUAUACAAAACUUUCCUGAGUGAGGACGCGGGCCCAGACACUCUGGUCGCCAUCGUCCACGCCAACGACCCUGACGGCGAUGGCGUCUCGUACGCCAUCACCGGCGGCAACGAGGACAGCAACUUCUUGUUGGACAACCAGAAAGGCAUCAUUAAGCUACGUCGGAGCCCUCCGCCUAGACUGAAAGGGCCUCAGUACGUCCUCACCAUCACCGCCACGGACGACAACGCGUCCGGUGGUCCGUACCCGCUCAGCAGCUCGGCGCAGGUCAUCGUUGGAAUCAAUGACAUCAACAACAACAAGCCCGUCUUCCAGGAGUGUCACAACUACAAUCUGAAAGCUACUAUUCUGGAAAACCAGCCGCACGGGACCUUUGUGCUGAGGGUCCAGGCCCAGGAUGCCGACAUGGGGGUGAACGGAGAAGUCAAGUACGGCAUCAUGCACAGGGACGGGGUGUCAUCGAGUUUUGACAUCCAUCCAGACACUGGCGUGAUCACGUCGGGGGUGAGUUUCGACCGGGAGCGUCAGCGUGAGUUCACGCUGUCGGUGACGGCCACCGACCAGGCCGAGGAGCCUCUCAUCGGCAUCUGCCAGAUCACCGUCCUUGUCGCGGACCAGAACGACAACGACCCCAAGUUCGAGAACAGCCGUUACCAGUACUUCCUGCGAGAGGACACGGCCGUCGGGACUAGUUUUCUGCGUGCGGCGGCGCAUGACGACGACCAGGGCAGCAACGCGGCCAUCGCGUACUCGCUGUCCCCGCAGAGGCCGGCGUACCUCCGUGUCAACCCCAGCACGGGAUGGAUCUACGUCAACCAGCCCAUCUCGCAGACGUCCAAGAUCAGCCAGCAGAUCGUGGCAUCGGACGGCGGCAACCGCAGCAGCUCUGUGGAGCUCACCGUCAUCAUCACCAACAUCCACAACCAGCCGCCGCAUUGGGAGCAGCCGGAGUACUGGGUCACCGUGCCCGAGAACACCGUCAGGGACGCCAAGAUCCUGACUGUGAAGGCCACGUCAGCGCUGGGUGACCCGCGGGUCACCUACAACCUGGAGGAGGGUCAGGUGCCCGAGACCAACAUGCCCGUACGCUUCUACAUCAAACCCAACCGGGCGGGCGGCUCGGCGUCCAUCCUGGUGGCCGAGAACCUGGAUUACGAGACCACGCGCUUCUUCGCCCUCAGGGUUCGAGUCCAGAAUGUCGCCGCAGUGCCACUCGCCUCCUUCGCCACCGUCUACGUCAACGUCACAGACGUGAACGACAACGUUCCUUUUUUUCUGUCAUCCACGUACGAGGCCACGGUUCCCGAGGGGGCCGAGGUGGGCACGUCGGUGGCUCAGGUGUCGGCCGUUGACUUGGACUCAGGCCUUCAUGGCAUGGUCCACUAUGCCAUCUUGAAGGAUGAGAGUGGAGACUCUGGGUUGUUCAGCAUUGACCCAAUGAGCGGCACCAUCACCACACGGGCCUCCUUCGACCGAGAACAGAAAGCCUCCUACCUCAUCGAGGUGCAGUCGCAGGACGAUUCUGAAUCAGCAAGACCGGGACAGCAGGGACACCCCAACACGGACACGGCCUACGUCAGGAUCUUCGUGGCCGAUGUGAACGACAACGCGCCGACAUUCCUGCGCUCGGUGUACGAGGUGAGCGUAGAGGAGGACAAGGAGGUGGGCUUUGUCGUCAUCACCGUCACCGCCAACGACUACGACGAAGGUGCCAACGCCAAGCUGCGCUACCAGAUCGCGGCAGGCAACACCAUGGGCACCUUUGACGUGGAGCCAGAGGUGGGCACCAUAUUUGUGGCCCAGCCGCUGGACUACGAGAUGGAGCAGCGGUUUGAGCUGCGACUGGUGGCCUCGGACGGCAAGUGGGAGAACGAGACACUGGUAGUGGUGCAGGUGGUCAACCGCAAUGACGAGGCGCCCGUCUUCAGCCUGAGCGAGUACCACGCCGUCGUCCAGGAGGAGCUCACCGAGCUCCCCGUCUUCAUCAUGGAGGUUUCCGCCACUGAUCCAGACCAAGAUGCUGACCAGACCGCAGUGCGCUACUCCCUCCAUGGACAGGGUGCGGGCGGCGAGUUCACCAUCAAUGAGCGCACCGGGAGAAUCUACGCCCAACGGCGUCUCGACCGGGAGGAACGUCCGGCCUGGAGGUUCUUGGUCUUGGCCACGGACGAGGGAGGGUCAGGACUCACAGGAUUCGCCGACGUUCUGUUGGAGGUCCGCGACGUCAAUGACAACGCACCCUUCUUCCCAUGCCCGGCGCUGGAAGUAGAUGGCUGUUUCGUGGGCCAGGUGGCGGAGAACUCCCCCGCUGACACCUCCGUCAUGGAAAUGCGAGCCAUGGACCUGGAUGAUGCCAACGAGGGCAAGAAUGCAGCGCUGAGCUACAGCAUCGUCAAGAACGUCCGCAAUGAGAUCAACCUCAACCUCUUCUCCAUCAACGCCACCACGGGGACUAUCUACACCGUGCUGCGCUCCCUGGAUCGGGAGGCGGAGGAGCGCUAUCUGGUGGUGGUGGAGGCUCGGGAUGGGGGCGGCUUGGCCGGGACUGGGACCGCAACCAUCCUAGUUUUGGAUGUCAAUGACCACCCGCCCAUCUUCUCCCAGAGGGUCUAUACUGCCCAGGUAACUGAGGACCUGGAGGUGAACAGCGAGGUUCUUGUGGUGUCCGCCACCGACGGAGACCAGGAUGAGAACGCAGUGGUGACCUUCAGCAUUGUGGGUGGGGAUGAGGACAGGAAGUUUUUGGUGGAGACCGACAAGAUGAACCGACGCGGUGUGAUCAAGCUCAAGAAGAAGGUGGACUUUGAGAAACCCCAGGAGAGGACUUUCAACCUGACGCUGAAGGCAGAGGACGCAGAUUUCUUCAGCCUGGCAUACUGUCUGGUGGAAGUGCGGGACGCCAAUGACCAUGCUCCAGUUUUCUUACCGCAGUUCUACGAGUCGCCGGCCAUGUCCGAGGAUGUUCCCGUGGGCACCAUUGUUGCCCAGGUGAUGGCUACCGAUCUAGACUCUGGACAAAACGGACGCUUUUCGUACAGUAUUGCCAAAGAGUCUGACCCCUACAAUCAGUUCCUGGUGGACCAGUCCGGUUGGGUGGUGGUGGCUAACUCUUUAGACCGGGAGAAAAUCUCUCAGCACCGGGUCAUGGUCCUCGCCUCGGACGCUGGCAACCCAAGCUUGACUGGCACAGCCAUCAUCAUGGUUACCGUGCUGGACGUCAACGACAACGGGCCAGAGUUCGAGGCACACUACAGGCCGGUGGUGUGGGAGAACACGGCAGCCCCGCAGGCAGUGUGGAUGAAUGCCAGCUCACUGCUGCUGCAUGCUACCGACUCUGACCUCUCCUCUAAUGGCGGACCCUUUUCCAUACGGCUUCUCACUCUUACCGCGAACGCCGCCGAUUUCAACCUGACCGACUUCCGCAAUGGCAGCGCAGCUAUCACUGCCCUGCGAACAUUUGACCGUGAGCGCCAGAAGGAGUACCAACUCCCCAUCCUCAUGAUUGACAGCGGCUCGCCCGCCAUGAGCUCCACUAGCACGCUGACGGUGGUCAUCGGAGACCGGAACGACCACCCCCAUGCGCCAGGGCACGCCAGCUUUAUUGUGUACACUUACGAAGGUAUCCUGCCAACGACAGUGCUGGGUCAAAUACCGUCCCCAGACCUCGACGACUGGAGCGAGAAGUCGUAUCGAUUUGAAGGCAAACCAUCCAGGUUGUUCAGCGUGAACCAUAGUUCGGGCCAGCUGAGCAUCAGGGAGGGUGUCCCACCCGGCUCAUACCGGCUACAGGUGCGCGUGUCCGAUCCCGCCUGGCCGGACGUCACGUCCACGGCGCAGGUGGAAGUGGUGGAACUGGCGCAGGAAGCGCUGCGGAAUGCCGCCUCCCUCCGAAUACGCAACGUGACAGUAGACGAGUUGUUCUCAUCCAGAGGCGGCGAGGAAAGCCGCUUCUCCCGUUUGGGUCGGACGCUGGCCGAACUCCUGCAGACGGUGCCCAAAAAGGUCCACGUCUUCUCGGUGGGAGACGCCGGUCCAGAGCGGGAGAGGGAGCUGAGCGUGUGGUUCGCCGCCCACGGUUCGGCCUACUACAAGGCCGAGAAGCUGCACGGCUACGUGGCGGCCAGUAAAGCAAAGCUGGAAUCGGUGCUGGGCAUGUCCAUCUCCCAGGUCGGCGUGGACGACUGUCCCCACACAGACUGCGCUCACUCCGGAGGCUGCUCCACCCAAGUGUCGUUCGGUCAGACCCCGGCGGCCCUCAGCGCGGGCGACGUGUCUUUGGUUUCCCUGCCAGCCAAGACCACGGCACAGUGCGGCUGCCGCGGACGCGAGGCUACGCACCCGCCUUGCUCGGCCUACCCCGGCAACCCCUGCCUCAACGGGGGCACCUGCGAGGACGGCCCGCUGGGAUACAGGUGCAAGUGUCCGCCCAUGUUCGACGGGCCAGAGUGCCAGCAGACAAAGCACAGCUUCGGCGGUGGGGGCUACGCGUGGUUUCCCCCCUUAGCGCCGUGCUUCCAGAGCCACAUCUCUGUAGAGUUCCUGACGGAGGAGGCCGACGGGCUGCUGCUCUACAACGGACCGCUCGGACCCGCCGCCCAGCCGGGAGAGCCCCAAGAUUUCAUUUCCAUCGAGUUGAAUAAUGGCGUUCCGCUCGUGAACGUCAACCACGGCUCCGGAACCUUGACCCUGCAGCUGCCGCCCAAGUCCAACGUGGCAGACCGCCGCUGGCAUCGACUCGACGUCAUCAGCGACGGCAAGGCUGUGCAGCUGGUCUUGGAUCAGUGCUCAGGGGCCACGGUCAACGAGCCGCAGGGGGUCGGUGACGGAGACCCCCGGGAGACGGACGAGUCUGGCUGCAGGGUAGCUGGACAAACGCCAGGAAACGAGAGGUAUCUGAAUGUGCAUCAGCCUCUCCAGCUGGGUGGCGUCAAGCACACGUCUCCUCAGCCGCGUUACCCAAGUUUUAACGGCUGCAUCCGCAACCUGGUGGUGGACACGCAGGUGUACGACCUGGCGCAGCCGGGCGAGAGCGAGGACAGCACCCCAGGGUGCACGGCGACAGACGGCGUGUGCGUGACGGCGAGCGGGCCCUCCUGCGGGGCCCGCGCCUCCUGCCUCGCCGAUUGGGGAUCCUUCAGCUGCGAGUGUCACCCCGGGCACAGCGGACACAAGUGUGACACUGUGGUUCCAGAGUUCUCUUUGGAUUCCAACAGCGUGCUGAGGUUCCAUCUUCGAGGCGGAGGCAGCACCAACCGGCGCACCAACAUCCAGCUGCUCCUGCGGACCCGCGCCAUCGCAGGCACCUUGCUGUCCGUGACGUCUCGGGAAGCCGACGAGUACAUUGUGCUGGAGAUCGCGGAGGGCCACCUCUCAGUCCGGGCCAACCUGGGCGACGGGGCCCACGCCCUACGGCUUCCAGGUCAGCGCGUGGACAUGGGCCAGUGGGUGCUGGUGGGCCUCAGUCGCCACAACAACCUGUUCGCCCUGCGACUGGAGCAGGGCGGCGGCUCGCGGGAGGUCCGGGCUCGGCUGGGGAACCGGCGGGAGCUGGUGGUGGACCCCAGGAGCGUCACGGUGGGGAGGGGACCCCACGGGGGAGAAGACGGCGACUUUCAGGGUUGCAUGCGGGACGUUCGUUUCAACGGCCGGAUGCUCCCUCUGGACGGGUGGAGUAGCGGUGAGCUGGUGAGCGCGCUGGAGAGGCGCGGCGUCACAUUGGGCUGCUUCAGCGACGCCUGCCAGGCACAACCCUGCCCCGAUCCGCUGCGCUGCGUCGACCUGUGGAGGAAACACCAGUGCAGGUGCCCCGGCGGUCAGGUGACACUGACAGAUGAGUCGGGCUCAGACCGCUGCGUGCCGUCGCCGUGCAGUCCCUCCUCGUGCCGUAACGCCGGCGUGUGCCAGCCGCUGUCGGCCAACAGUUUCCGGUGCCGUUGCCACAAGGGUUUCCGCGGGCAACGCUGCGAGCUGGGGCAGUACCGAGGGCACCGGCUGGCCACCCUCAGCCCCAGCUCCAUCCUGGCCAUCAGCAUGUGUUUGCUCGUUUUCUUCGCCGUGCUGGUGGCGGUGACAGUGUGGAACCAGAAAGGAAGCCGCAACAAGUUUCGCAAGCGUGGCGUUUACCACAUCCCGGCCGAGCACGAGAGCUGGGAGGACAUCCGCGAAAACAUCCUCAACUACAACGAAGAGGGCGGUGGAGAACAGGAUCAGAAGGGCUACGACAUGACGGAGCUGAAGCGUCCUCUGUGUUCCAGCUUGUCUCAGUCGUCUUCAUGCACCACGGCUCCACUCAUCAAAUCGUCCCCGGGCUCGCAGGAGGAGGUGCGCCCCCCUUGCCCGCCCGGCCCCUCCUGCGCCCCCUACCUCGGCAUCCCGCAGCCGCACCUCCCUCCCCCGCUGUCAUCAUCAUCGUCAUCGUCGCACUCCCACGUGGACUUCAAGAGCUACGUGUCUCGCAUCGUUUGGGAAGCGGACCACGACGCCGAUGCGAUGCCGCGGGACGUCUUCCACGUGUGGCGAGAAGAAGGAUCCGGAACCCCAGCGGGAAGUCUCAGCUCGUUGGGAUACAACGGCGAGGAAGAGGACAACGAAGGGGAGACGGCGUAUGAGCGACUCUCGCGCUGGGGACCAAAAUUUCAGAUGCUGAGCAACAUGUACGACCGCCCGCAGGUGGCGCUCUCGUAUGUCAAUGACUUAAAACGGCCUCCGAGCCACUAGGGGGCCACCUCACAUUCUCGACAUUCCGUUACUUUUCCACAAAAGGAAAAUUGAGAGGUUGGAUUACAAAAUGGAUGCCAUCCGCCAUCUUUGAAGAGGGCAGAGUGAAGUUUUUCAACAUGGCGGCAACAAUCAUUUCACGUUUUAGAUGCUUCUCCAGCGUCACUUGUGGUCCUUCACACUCUCUGCUUUACACUUAAGAGUUCCUGGAACUUGUAGUUCCUCGAACGAAAGAUCUGCACUGCAGACUCUUCUCCAAAGGUUCCUGGGCCUCUCAAAAGUACUACAUCCUCUCGUCGAAUUUCCACCUACAUUUUUAGAACUUUUUAGUUCUUGCUAGGUGUAGUUGUUGGAACUAAAAGUCUUGCUAUUUUUAACAUUCCAAACACUGUCAUCUGGUCCUCUCAAAAGUGCCCCCACCUCCCUUCUGAAAUCCACCUAAAGUUCCUGGGAAUUUCUUGUUUUUGGUCAAUUUUAUGUUCGGUGCUUCAGAUCUCACCAAACCUUGCCACGUUUUCACCCAACGUUCCAGGAAUAUUUUAAUUAGUGGUAUGUUCAAGGGCUUCAGACCUCACCCUAAAGGUUCCUUUUUUCAGUUCUAGGUACAUAAAGUUUCUGUAACUAAUAAAAUGCUUACCACCCUGUGAGCAAGGUCUUAUUUCUUUGGCCCUGAUAAAUUCUCCUGGAGCUAAAUUUGACAAUAUUGGACUUCCUCAGGUCCAAAUGUUUCUGCGGUGAUGCUUGUCCUUCACUGGUUUUUUCCAAAUCAAGAAUAAAAGUGUUGAGUGAGUCGUCAGCUGACUUAGGAAUGUAAAAGUAAAGUCUUGGGACUUUUUUUAAAAAAGCAAAGCGAGAACACUCAAUCAUCCGGACUUGAUGGGAGUGUCACUCAACCCUUUCCCCGCCCACCACACGGUGGCGCCACUUUCCAAAAUGACAUUAUUGUCAUCUGAAUGACUGAAGAAGAAUCAUCCAUUUUCCGUGGAGAUGGUUUUGGCUGGAAACAUUUUCAGUUGCCAAUUGAGUUUAAAGCUAAAAUCCUUUCCGCUAUAAACUAUGCACCUGAAGUGUGAGUGCUGCUGCUUCUUUUUCGUUCAAUUAGAAAACUUGAGUGUUUGUUUGUUUCUUUGAAUUGUACGAUACGAUGUAAAUAUGGACAUUGUAAAACUACCUGACACGGAAUAUUUCCUUUUUGUACAUGAAUUGUAAUAAAUAAAAAUGGCUUUUCCCCUAAAACUCACCUUUUGUUCAAAGUAGAGCGGAAGAAUAAAAUGUAAUUGAAAUGUUGAAAUGAAACAUGACAUGAUAAUAAACUACAUAGAUGCGAGAAGUCAACCGUCAGACGUCAGUCUGGAGAAUGCCAUUGUGCCUGCAAUUCUGCAAGGAGGGAGAGAACAAAAAGGAAGUAGGGGGACAGAGAGUCCCCUAAAAAAGGCACUAGAGCCUGUGGACUGCGCCACGGGCAAGAGCCACCUGUAAAGAAGCGGUUACGCUGUCAUGCUAACCCCCGAGAGCAGGUGGCGCUAUUGGAGCCAUAAUCCGAAGACACUGAGCGCACCGCCGUCGCGUCUUCACAGCGCCGGUCAGUGUCAUGAAAACCUGUCAGAAGUUGUCACGGAAACGGCGGCAUCCUCAUCGAAAGAGGCCACGUCCCGCUAACAGCGUCUUGGGCGUAAACCUUGGCAGACAAGGAGUCGAGAGAGAGAGAGAGAGAAGGCAAAAGUAACGCAUUCAUGGCAUCCAUCUUCAAGGGCAGACUGGCAAGAUGGCGACCGAGACCGGGCUCCUCCAGCUUGGCCAAGCGGGCAGCACGUCAUGAGGAAGGCACACUGAUCCCAAUUCAUGCAAGCAUCGUCAGUCAGACCUUCCUCAAAACUGACGGCUGUUGAAUUCAAAUAUCCGUGUUAGCAUGGAGGGCCAUGGAGCCAUCAUCCGGCUGAAACGGAGCCAUAGCAGCUCUACAGCACGGCGACUCCAUCGUGGCACCAAUGAGCAACUGUUGGAUCAGGUCGAACAAGGGAACGCCGCUACUGAUCCGUCGAUUCCCGCAGCCAUCGACCACGUCGAGCGGAAAACGUCACUGGUGAUCGAAUUGCCAGGAGCAAACGACCCCUACGAGCAGAACACGCCACACGUGAAAAUCGUUGUGGGAACAUGACCUCUGAACCCCAUCACCGACCCAGAGUGGACAUCAACUUGACGAGUAACGACUUUGGGUUGUUUGUGUGUAGACGCCACGCAUUCCUAGGGUAAGACAAUAACCUCCUCACUAAAUGAACUGUUGGCGGUUUAGGGGGGCCGACUUGGGGGGGGACCCUGUCUGACAAAAUCUCUACACACACAUGCAUACGUAGAUAAUGCACACACACACACACACAAGAAUGUCUUCUACAGUAUGGUCUUCUAUAGGAAAGCCUUCAGUAACGUACUGUACGUUGAGCCCUGCAGACUCUUGUUUCCUAAAGUUCCCGGACCUCUCCAAAGUACUACCCUCUGUUUUCGUUCUUGGUACUUUUAGUUUCUGGUAUUAAAAAACAGUAAUGAAUGCAGAUUCAGUUACAAAGGUUACAGGACCUUUUGAAAGUAUUACCCCUCAAGUUGAAGUCCCAGGAACCCAAAAUCUUUAGUAUGUAUUUAUUGAAACAAACAAAAAAAAUGUAUAUGUUGUGUGUCAGUUCUCUGUAUAGAACUAAAAGCUUCCCGUCAGACACCACCACAAAACGUAAUGAAUCUCUCAAAAGUAUUAUCACCUUUGCCAUAUUUACACUUGAAGUUGCAGGAAACUUGAGUUCUUGUAGUCCCUGGAACUAAAAACUGUCGUUUAGUGCCCUGUAAUUGUAAUUCCUGGAACAAAAAAAGUAGUUAGAGUUCCUCUAACUAAAAGCCAGCGCUGCAUAUUUAAAGGUCCCAUAUUUUGGCUAUUUAGACCUCCAUAGAGUGACUCUCUAACGUGGACUUACUAUAAAAGUGUCACGAGUGUCCAGAAAAGGCCCCUCUCCCUCUGACAGCUACUUCUGUUUGACCCAGUUUUUUCCAUAUUUAGCUAAGACCACCCCCUUUCCUCUGAUUGGUUGCCUCCGUGUAGAAGACCCACUUGUGAGAGCACGUUCGUACGUGUUCGCUAUGUUGACAGCAUCGACUCUGGAGUGGAGAAGUAGGCGGAGAUCUUCGCCAGUGAUGUAGAUAAGCUUGAGAAAUUCCAAUGACCUGAUUUCAGGCCUCUCAGCAGAAAAACGUCUGGAACUCAGGAGCGCGUGGACGAUUUAAAUUAAUAUUUCAUAUGUUUACUGAGGCACCAUAGAGACAAUAUUACAUCCCAAAUACGAGAAAAGUUGCUUUGGCGAUACACGGGACCUUUAAGUCUAAAGGUUCCUGGACCUUUGGAGCAUUAUAGUACCUAGCUCCACUUUCACCAUAAGUUCUAGUAACUUUUGAUUUCUUGGUAUUAAAAAAUGUUAUUUAGUGUUUCAGGAACUUUUUUUGUUUGUUUUUACACUACUUGAAAGUACCACCCUACUAGUACCCUAUUAACAUUUGGGUUAUUGGUACUUUUAGUUACUGUAACAUUCUAGGUAUUCUAUAUAUUUCUUGAAACUAAAAAUUAAUAUAUUGUACAUUCUGUAUGAUGCAUUUCCACAUAAAGUUCCAGGAACUUUGCUAUUGCUUGGUAGUCAUACUUCCUGGAAAUAAAUGUUUCCAUUUCCACCUAAA